AUGCCAAUCCAUCAAUCACUUGGACAGGUCGAAAUGGUCAACAUCCCAGUGUUUGACUGGAUCUGUUUAUAUUAUGAAGAAACAUGUGGAUAUACAUUGCAAUGUUUGGGCCCCUUUGGUCCAUCAGGUAAUGGAUCGUGUCACUACAUAAAGUAUGCGACGGCAGGCGAGACAUGUAGGACCUCGGCAUCAUGUGCCACACCAAGGUUGGAGUGUUAUGAUGGCAAGUGUCAUCUCAAAGCCGACACUUACUGUGUCUCAUCCGAGGACUGUCCAUUUGGCACGUUCUGCAAAAGGAACGCGACACUGGGCAACAGCACAUGUAUACCAACACUGCCACUCAAUGCAGAGUGUGACCUUAUCAACAACUAUGGCUGCGACAUUGGUCUGGUGUGCACGUACAACACGACAACGAGGAACACAACGGCAUGUCUCACAAUUGGCUCACGUGGACUUGGCGCACCAUGCUUUCCAUACGACGUGUCCCAACCAUUCAACGGCACCGUGCUCGCCGUUGACUGUGACCCAGGGCAAGGUCUGCUAUGCAUGGGAAAUGACUAUUAUAACAUGACCUGUCAGAUACCUUCGCUGUCACCAGUGUCGCAACAAGGCAAUGGUACAAGAUGUGAGUACUCGCCAGAUGAUGACACAUGUACCUACUCACAGACAUGCGUCUGUCCGACCAACGACAUGUCCAACAGACAAUGUGCAAUGGAUAUCAAACUGGAUGGAUCAUGUGCACAAUCGAUAGUUGUCUGUUUAAGUAUUGCGGUGAUCUUCUCUGUCGAAACAAAUGUACACCUGCUUCAUACCAUGAUGUAA